AUGGCGGAGGGCUCUGCGGGCCCGGGCUCGCCCCGCUCCGCGCCGGGCGGCCCCAAGGCGCGGCCGGAGCCGGGCCGGAGGGCUUGGGGGCGCGCGGGGCACGGCGCACGGUACAGCGGCCCGGGCAGCGCGGGGCACGGCGCACGGUACAGCGGCCCGGGCAGCGCGGGGCACGGCGCACGGUACAGCGGCCCGGGCAGCGCGGGGCACGGCGCACGGUACAGCGGCCCGGGCAGCGCGGGGCACGGCGCACGGUACAGCGGCCCGGGCAGCGCGGGGCACGGCGCACGGUACAGCGGCCCGGGCAGCGCGGGGCACGGCGCACGGUACAGCGGCCCGGGCAGCGCGGGGCACGGCGCACGGUACAGCGGCCCGGGCAGCGCGGGGCACGGCGCACGGUACAGCGGCCCGGGCAGCGCGGGGCACGGCGCACGGUACAGCGGCCCGGGCAGCGCGGGGCACGGCGCACGGUACAGCGGCCCGGGCAGCGCGGGGCACGGCGCACGGUACAGCGGCCCGGGCAGCGCGGGGCACGGCGCACGGUACAGCGGCCCGGGCAGCGCGGGGCACGGCGCACGGUACAGCGGCCCGGGCAGCGCGGGGCACGGCGCACGGUACAGCGGCCCGGGCAGCGCGGGGCACGGCGCACGGUACAGCGGCCCGGGCAGCGCGGGGCACGGCGCACGGUACAGCGGCCCGGGCAGCGCGGGGCACGGCGCACGGUACAGCGGCCCGGGCAGCGCGGGGCACGGCGCACGGUACAGCGGCCCGGGCAGCGCGGGGCACGGCGCACGGUAG